GUUCCGGGACGGUCGGUAGGGUCACAGAGGCACCGGGAGGCUCGGCUGAGGCUCGGCUGGGUGACGUCAGCGUUAGAGGUGGAUCGGGGAGAUUUAGGAGAGGGCGGAGUUGGAGGGCUGAGUGGGGGCGUGGCGUUCUGCCCCAAGUUUCAGUUGUGGGGUAAGUCCGGAAAGAGUAACUUAGAUUGGAGUGUUGCAGGCGGAAUGUUGUUUCCAUCUUUCGGUUUCGUUUAUCGGAUUUAAUAAAAAGCCAAACAUAAAAACACAUCCCACCCACACCUUAAUCCAUCCUCUUCCCAUAGAGCACAUAAACAGAGUAAGGUCCCAGUGCCUUAGGCAGCCAAUCUCUGGGGGAAGGGAACUUGUGACCCAAGAAGGAGAGCUGCCUGACCGGAGUCACAUCAACUCCUAGAAGUGGAGAUGGGCAGCCCUGUGAAGCCUGAAGAGAUGGACUGGUCCGAGCUAUACCCAGAGUUCUUCACUCCACUGACUCAAAAUAAGAGCCACGAUGACCCAAAGGAUAAGAAAGAAAAGAGAGCUCAAGCCCAAGUGGAGUUUGCAGACAUAGGCUGUGGCUAUGGUGGCCUGUUAGUGGAACUGUCACCGUUGUUCCCGGACACACUGAUCCUGGGUCUGGAGAUCCGGGUGAAAGUCUCAGACUAUGUACAAGACCGGAUUCGGGCCCUUCGAGCAGCUCCUGGAGGUGGCUUCCAGAACAUCGCCUGUCUCCGUAGCAAUGCCAUGAAACACCUUCCUAACUUCUUCCGCAAGGGCCAGCUGACAAAGAUGUUCUUCCUCUUCCCUGACCCACAUUUCAAGCGGACGAAGCACAAGUGGCGAAUCAUCAGUCCCACACUGCUGGCAGAAUAUGCCUACGUGCUUAGAGUCGGGGGGCUCGUAUAUACCAUAACUGAUGUGCUGGAGCUACAUGACUGGAUGUGCGCCCACUUUGAAAGGCACCCCCUUUUUGAGCGAGUGCCCCUGGAGGAACUGAGUGAAGACCCCAUUGUGGGACAUCUGGGCACCUCAACUGAGGAGGGAAAGAAAGUCUUACGCAACGGAGGCAAGAAUUUCCCAGCCAUCUUCCGAAGAAUACAGGAUCCCACCCUCCAGCCAGUGACCCCCAGUCCUACCCCUCUUGGCCACUGACAGCCUACCUUGCCUUAGCUUGAUCACAGGACCUUCCUAGCCGAGACUGCCAGGGCCAAGAGGGAACAGUUUUUCAAAGAAGUUGGGAGAACUUCCCAAGCCAGAAGCCUGACCUCUCAUCUUCUUGCCUGUCUACCACCAGCAGAAAGCAAAAGAAGCUAACUGGGAAGGUCAAAAGACCUUGGACCAGAUGGGAUGUUUGGAAGGGUGUGGGGUCUUGCCCUUCCUUAGCACUCCCUUCUUGUGGGAUCUCUCCUUCUCAGCGAAAGUGAGGAAUGCAGUUCUCCACUAUCCAUCUAAACAGCUUGCUAGAC